AUGUCAGCCGAUCCGGUUAUUCUGGACGUCCUGGCGUCCAUCUGCAAGGAUGCCUUGCAGAUGUUUGAGCGCGUCGUCAUUGUUUUUGAUGACAAGGAAGAACGUCGGGCGAACAUUUGCAUUUCCAAGCACUUCAUCUACUUUGUGAACCGGGAGAUGAGCAAGCUGAUAGAAGACCGCAAAAGAAUAUCCUACUUGGACAUUCAGCGAGCAGUCGUGGACAGCACCACGAAUCGCUACUUUCUGCUUGAGCUACGCCCAUCGCAGGGCUCCACUUGGAGUGGGACGAGGAUCUUAGUUCAAAGCACACACCGUGACCUGCUUCUGCAGAAGAUCGCGCUGUGCUGGCAGGCGGAAGUGAUGUAUCGCUGGUUCGACGUCAGAAAGUUUGAGAUGGUCAAAGCGGCAUUGGGCGAACAGUUGGCAGCUGUAAAGAACAUGAUCGCAAAGCAAAACGACUUGAUCAAGAUCGAGCCUUUCCGGGGUUACGAAGACAGCUUCAGCUACCGCGGCUACAGCUUCUGGCUCCGCAAGGGCUUUGCCAGCGUGUCGGGGCUGAAAGACGGAGUGUUCCAGAACGACCAGGGCUGGGAGGUGAGCUACAAGGCACAGCCCGUCCUUGUGCCUCCUGGGGUCCGAGUUAUGGUUCAAGUGGAUAACGAGCAGCUUAUCAUGGACUUGGAGAAGUCUCGUGAUGGCAUGGAGGACCUUCGCACGGUGGCCAUGGAAUAUCAGCGCAGCCUGACGGAGAACUUGGAUCAGUUCUACGUUGUUGUUUCAGGACAAUACCUGAAAAAGAUGAACCGCACUGACGACAUCGCGUCCUGGGAUGGUUGGGAAUUCUUCGUUCGUUCCAAGGAGUAUGCCUUCGCUUGUGUACUCUUCCGAAGACAGUACAUUCCGCCGCUCUUCAGCACUUGCCAGGACAUUGCUGUUGUGGUGCGCUGCCCAGCGCAGAACAUGACCAACGACUCUUGUGAGGUAAUCCUGGAUGAGUGCCACCUCAUCGCUGAUUCGAUCUCCUCCGUGUAUGAGAACGUGGGCAUCUACAAGAGGCCGCUGCAGGCAAGGUUAAACACCCUCCAUUUCAACGAAGACGGAUACCGCUGGGCUGAGGGGCAGCUGGGCAUGGUGCCAGUUCACCGGCGCGCAGCUCUGAAGUUCCUCAAGUCCCUCGUGAAGAUCUUGCUGAGUGAAGGCGCUCUCUGGGACGAGUCCAUCGAGCAUGAUGAGAUCUUCAAAGACGUGCCGGACAUGGGCGAUCCUUGCAGUGUUCCACAGGAACCCAUCUCCGAAGCUGAGUCGCUCUUGCAGACCAGCCGGGAUCGCGACCAGCGACGCAACGCCUGGGCUGCCCGCAUUGCGCGGUACUUCGCACAUUGUGUGGACGGUGGAAUCAUGGGUGAACGCUUCACGUUUCCACUGCUUAUCCAAUCCCUGGGUCGAGUGUCUUCCGAUGUCGAUCGGCAGAUGAAGGAAGUCAUCGACUUCCUCCUGCAUGUGAACAAGCGGGAUGACUGGCAGACCAAUCUCUUCCUAGAAGAGAAGCCAGUUAGCCUCAUCGCCCUUACGAAGGAGUCCGAAGCCUUUGCAGAGUAUUUCUUCAACGACAUCAUCAUGCGUCAUCUCCUGUCAGAGAACUAUGUCGAGAGCGAACUGAAAAAGCGGCCGCCUGGUGCUGGCGUUGACUAUGCAGACUUGCUUGCACAACUGCUCACGGAUGAAAGCGUCGGGUUGGGUCUUCGAACCAUGGUUUGCCGCCACGUGCUUGAUAUGCUGGGUGGUACAUCAGACCGAGAGGACAACAAGUUUGAGAAGACAGUGAAGCAGCUGGUUCCUGCUUUGGUCAAGGUGAUGGUCGGCUCCAACCACAUACUCAUGUCCUAUGCGACUGCCUCGCUGGUCAACCUCUCCUGCGGUCGUCAGAACAUGAAGCAGCUCUUGGUGUCCCAAGGGGUGCUUUCUAUGUGUGUUAAGCAGCUGAAGACGAAGCAUGACGAGCUCACUUUGUACACGCUUUUUCUGCUGGUCAACCUCACGAAGACACCUCACCACAGAUACAUUGUCGUUCGAGAGGGUGGCAUACCACUGUUGGUGGACAUCCUGACGUCUUCGUACCAGAACCUUCGCAAGCAGCGCAUUCUCGCAGAGGUGGCCAGUGUGCUGGGGCAGCUCUGCAAUGAUCCCGAAACUCGCAGCUUGAUCUCAGAAAGCUUUCCAGUUGUCCCCUGUCUCCUGUGGGUAAAUGAUGCCGCACAACCGAACACGAAGCUGAAAUCUAAGCUUCUCUUCGCGUUGCGGCA